AUGAAGCUGAUACCAGCGCAUGCCCUGAUGCACGAGAAGGGGCCUUGUGACCUGCGAUCCAUCCGCGGCGUGGACGCGACAGCUUGCGGCAGCCAAGACCAGCCCCGCUGGGCGCUGGGCAGUGGGGAGUCCUGCGAGGUGCGGUGCAGCUGGGGCCAGUACCCCCAGGGCAUGCCGAGAAGUUCCAGCCUCGUGACCUGCAACUACGGGCAGCUGUCGCAGCCUGACUUCUCCUGUGCCCCGAUGGCCUGCAGCGCUCCGCAGGUGGCGCACGUUGCCAGCCCUGGGUGUGAGGAAGGCAUGCAGGCCACCAUUGGCGCCAUCCAAAGCUCAGGAUGUGUCAUUAUGUUCACCGAUUGCCUGCAGCACAAGCCCACAUCACGCACAGGUCCCAGUCGGCUGAAGCGCCGUGCAGGUCGAGUGCUUUUUCGGGAAAGGCUCUGGUGCUCUGGUGCCAUGUACCGAGUGCCGGUCGUGCCGAGCCCCUUGGAUGGUCGGGGCGCCCAGGGUGUGGCGUACCUGGAUGGCGGGACCUCGGCUUGA